UGUGAAUGUUUUCCGAUAAAACAAAUCGAAAAAGUGCAAAUUAUAUUUUUUUUAAUUUAAAAAGUGUAAAAAAUAUUUAGGAAAACAGAAACCUUGUGGUUAAAAAAAAAGACCAGAAUUGUCUCUCGGAAAAAUGUGUUAUCAGUGACGUCUGAAGAAGAUACCUUUAUGUCAAAUAACGUUACCUGCCCCUUCUUUCAAGAAGAGAAGUAACUUUUGAUAUCGUCUCUUCUUUUCAAUAACUGCUCAACAUAUACGUGCUCUCUAUAUUAUCUUCCGUUAGUUUUAAAAAGCCUGCAUCGAAAUAUUGUGAAGACAGUUCGACAAAUGACUUAGUGCGAUAACCAAUUUUCGAAAUGACUAAUUGGAUUUUUCUCUUAUCAACAUUGGCUGUGGUUAAUUGUAGACCCCAAAAUACCCAAGAAACAUCAGCAGUAGAGAUUGAAAAACAACAUGUGAUUGAAAUCACUCCACGACAACUAUUCGAAACAAACGAUCAAACUCAGAAGGAACUUGAAGACAGUACUAAAGAAAUCCUAGAAAAAAUAGCACUAGUCAAUGAAAAACAGGGAUUAAAUAAGAAAAAACCCAGACCACACUAUCAACAUUUUCCAUUUAGUUAUUUAAGAUCUCAGGAUUCCAGACAAAGGGCAGAUUUCAAAUUCCCGAGGGAUCCAUUUACUAAUCCCAUCUUGGAUUACAUUGAAAGGAAACAAGAGGAAUCAGAGUCAAGCCAAAGGACUCCUGUUACCACACAAUUAAAUGUUUUGGAAGACGAAAAUGAAGUACCAACUGGUCAAUACAUCAAAAGAAAGGUGAUUCACCAACAAACAAUGAUAGUACCAGGACCUAGUUUUACGUCUGGAGGUUUUAACCCACCACCGCCACCACAGGCAAGCAUACCGCAAAGUUUUUACACCAUGAGUCAAAGUCCAAGUCCUGCGACUAAACCUGAAGGUUUUGAAAUGAAGAAAAGUGAAUUGGAGAAGCAGACUAUUAAUAAUAUUAAAAAUAUAGUUGAAAAUUCACAAUAUACGACCCCGAUGGUUUACAAUCCAUAUUUACAACAAUAUAAUCCAUAUUUUUACCAACAAAUUCAACCAAGGCAAUCACAAUGGCCACCGCAAUGGCCAUUUGCCCAGUAUUUUCCAAUUAUUAUAAAGGAUCCCCUAACGCACAUGUUCAAUGCUAUGACAACAAUGAUUGAAUAUGGCCCCCAAGCCGGACAAGGCAAUAAGUGUAAACAUUUGGAAGUGGAUAGAAAUAAGGAAAAAAAAGCAAGGGAAAUAUCUAUGAAACCCAAAAUGAGUUACAAUGUCGUUGAUAACGGAAAAGGGACUGAAAUAAUUGUCUCAAAUGAAGAUGAUUCAAAUUUGACCACGGUUCUAGAAAUUGAAGACUUGCAAAUUACGGAUAACAGAGAAGAUGCAAUAAAACGAAAUUUGAAUUUUCGAGAAUCGAAACAAAAUCAAGAAAUCAUGAAAACGUUUUUCUACAACACGACUCGAUCUCCCACGGACCCUCUGAGCAGCCCUUUGAUCCAAACUUUGCAAAUUACAAAAAGUGAAGUAAAUUCAAAUGACACUUCCCGACAAUCGCCCCCAAUCAGAGACCAGGAACUCGGCGAAGAUGAACUCGAACUCGAUGAGUUGGAAAAAGCCGAAGACGUGCAAGUGUCACACGACGGAAACAAGAAACUCUUCAGUAAGGAUAACACCGGAAGUGGGAUUUUUGUCCAUAAAAUCAAAGUCCGGAAAGGUGGAGUUGCCAUUGCUGGACCUGGAGGUAUCGCAACUGCCGGAAGUGGUGGUACUGCCAUCGUUGGACCUAAUGGUUUUGCUUACACUCACCCUGAUAGUCUUGCAAUUGCGGGGUCGGGGACCAAAGUGGUGGCUGUGGAACCUACUAUUAAUCUAGCGACGGUUGUUAAUGACCAUAAAAACAAGACAAGGGGGCAAGGCCAUGCUGCUCCUUCAAGGUUGGGCAAAGUUGUGGCGGUGGGACCUGUUAUUUACUACAACAAAGGGUGAUAGUUUUGAUAAUUGUACAUAGGCAACACAUUAUACAUUAGGUUUUGAUUGUGCCAAUUGAUUGUUAUUUAUUGUUUUGGUUUAAGGGUGAUUUUAGUACAAUAAAUUAAACUUGUAGACUGACAAUAACUUGUUUAAUUUUGUUAUUUUGUGGUGCCAAUAAAAUAAACUAUUUUUUAUAUAAAAUAAAAAUGUUUUAUUUUUAUUAGUCGCUUGCAUACGAAUUCA